UCUUGCUGCUCUCUCCAGAGUGCUCAUGGGUCCCUGUACGGCCCCCAGGUGCUGCUGUCCCUCGCCACACUCUGCCAUGUGCCACUUUCAGGUCUCCUCACACUGCUGGUGUGUUCCAUUUUUUGUCAUAGGGUGCUGGCAGAUUAUUACGGGGCCUCCCAUUGCUGCUGCCAGGCCCCUAAUCUGCCAUGGGCCCCUGUACCCGCCUCCUCAUGCUGCUGCCAGGUCCAGAGUCUCUCAUGGGUCCCUGUACGGCCUCCCAUUGCUGCUGUCUCCAUCGCCACACUCUGCCAUGUGCCACUUUCAGGUCUCCUCACACUGCUGGUGUGUUCCAUUUUUUGUC